AUGGACCUGGACAGUAAGCGGCUGGUGGUGGUGGUACCAAAUGAAGUGCUGGUGCCCUCUCGCAGAGUGUUCAGCAGCGAGGAUGAGGCGUGGAGGAACUACCUGGAGAACCCACUGACUGCUGCCACUAAGGCCAUGAUGAGCAUCAAUGGAGAUGAGGACAGUGCAGCAGCACUGGGGAUGCUGUAUGACUACUACAAGGUUCCCAGAGAGAGGAGACGUGCCUCUAGUGGUGUUAAACCCACAGAGCCCUCUGCUACUGGGCCAGAUAACUGCGGGAGCUUGGAGAUACUAGAUCACCACCUUCAGGCUCUCAGAUCCAUGCCUGUCAACCUCUCCUUACAGAACAGCACCCUUACAGAAGAUCAGGGCUCCAAGUAUGGAGCUAACUGCCUUGCAGGAGAUACCAGAGGAGGAAAUGGUAAAGGUGGAGAUGGGGCGGCUCUGGCUCUGGUCAAGACAGAGGGCCAGACUUCUAUGGGAGUGCCCUGUUCUGGAGGUUCCCAUCGUGAAGAACCCAGAGAGCAGAUAAGGAUGGUCUAUGAGCAAAGCCACUACGAUUUGCCCCUCGAUGGGUAUUUGAAAGAUGAACGGAGAAGCACUCCAGACAGCACAUAUGAGGAUGCUGUGGAAGGAGAGACAUACCACAGAAGUCCCUCCUCAGGAGUUGAUGAAUUUCACUACAGUCUACCAGUUUUCCAGUACUAUAUGGAGGCCAGCAUGUCGCUGCGGCCGCGGCAGGUAGAAGGACCCAUGGCUUACCUGAACCGGGGCCAGUUCUACGCUCUGACACUGUUGAAGACCAGCCUCAGAUCGUCCCUACGUCAGCCCAGAGGCAAAGUGCGGGUGAGUGGACUGACGCCAUCACACGGGCCUGCUGGGGGCCCAUCCAAUAGUGAGCAAUGCACCAUGGGAGGCUCUGAUCUGCAGCGGGACAGUAUUGUACAGAGUGUUAUCAUGGUUGUCUUUGGGGAAGACAAGUGCAGAGACGAGCAGCUGAAGAAUUGGAAAUACUGGCACUCCCGCCAGCACACUGCCAAACAGAGAGUCCUGGACAUUGCCGACUACAAGGAGAGCUUCAGCACUAUCGGCAAUGUGGAGGAAAUCGCCUACAAUGCUGUCUCUUUCACAUGGGAUGUCAAUGAUGAAGCCAAGAUCUUUAUCUCUGUGAACUGUCUGAGCACAGACUUCUCCUCACAGAAGGGCGUGAAGGGGAUGCCUCUGAUAAUCCAGAUCGACACCUACAGCUACAACAGCUGCAGCAGCAGACCCAUUCACAGGGCCUUCGCUCAGAUCAAGGUCUUCUGCGACAAGGGCGCUGAGAGGAAGCUUCGUGAUGAGGAGAAGAAGCAGCUCAGGAAGAGGAUGAAAGAGAAAAAUGGCAGCUCGGGGCCGACCUCUCUCAUUAAGAGGGCUGAUAACACGCUGUUCAAAACCAUGAUGGACCUGGACUCCCAGCCUGUCCUCUUCAUUCCUGACGUUCACUUUGGAAACCUGCAGAGAGCGGGGCAGGUUUUUGCUUUCAACACUGAGGAGGUCAACAGAGAUGGGAGUGUUCUGGUGAAAAGGAUGUCAUGUGCUGCUGAGGAAGAUCUCUGUCCACCUGAGUCCAAAAAGUCUAAAGAGGAACAGGAAAGAAAAGUUCUGCUGUACGUAAGGAAGGAGUGUGAUGAAGUGUUUGAUGCCUUAAUGCUUCGCACCCCAACCCUCAAAGCAUUGAUGGAGGCAAUCUCAGAGAAAUAUGCAGUACCUGUUGACAAGAUGGCCAAAGUUUACCAAAAAAGCAAAAAAGGGGUCCUGGUGAACAUGGAUGACAACAUCAUCCAGCACUACUGCAACGAGGACACCUUCAUCCUGGGUAUCGAGAGCUCAGCAGGCUCCUUGCGAGUCACUCUGUCAGAGAUCUGAUGGUUGCUAGCCACAUGCCUGUUUUCAUCAGUCAUCAUAUUGUCAGACAGAGGUGACGAUUGGUGGGGGGGGAAGCCAUGCCAUGUGUAAUAAUUGUGAACGUCGCUAGCAGUAUUUGAUGACCACGCCAAAAUGUGUUCGUUGAGGAAGGCCCCAUAGGAGUGUCAGUGGGGUGUGUUGCCUUACAUGGAUCAUCUGAACUCCAUCCAGCAGGCAAAAUCCACAUACGCCUCAUCUUUCUUGGUUGUCUGUUUUGUUGUUUGUUAUUGAUUGGUCAUAUAUUUUACUGCGUACUAAAUGAUUCCAGUGGGUGCCAGUGAAAUGAAACAGUUUUCCCAGGUUGUGAUUUACAUGCUGGUGUCUCAGGAUCUAAAAUUAUACGUUAUGGAACGAGACAGCAGGUCUCCAGGAUGCUGUUAAACGGUUUGCUUCUUCUGUGCAUGUGUUUAUUGCCUUUCCUCUCACUGAAGAGACUGUAGUCAUUAGUAUUUAUGACAUUAGUUAGGGACUUACGAGGCCUAACUGGUCCAUCCAUUAACACAAUCCUUUCUGAGGCUACUGCUAAUCGCUCUGUUCCCACUCACUGCCUGUUACACCUGAUUCGCUGACAGCUUCUGUAUAGUUCAUUAGCUUCAUGCGUCAUAAUGUAUAGUCUUUUAAAUGAGUCAAUAAAUAUAGUUUUAUAUGCA